UUGAGUGCCGGCGACCUCUUGAGAGCCGAACGAAACACCGAAGGAUCACAAUUUGGGGAACUCAUCGAAACCCAUAUCCGGAACGGGACUAUAGUUCCCGUUGAGAUCACUUGCAAACUCUUGGAGAACGCGAUGCAGAAGAGCUCAUCCGCUCAACACAACGGCGGCGCCGGCGACCAGCCGUCCGACGGAAGGGUUUGCAAGUUUUUGAUCGACGGCUUCCCCCGGAGUCAAAACAAUUUGGACGGAUGGCAGACAGAGAUGAAACACAAAGUAGAUCUCAAGUUUGUCCUCUUCUUCGACUGUCCGCGCGAUGUAUGCGUUGAGCGAUGUCUGAAACGAGGAGAGGCUGGCAGUGGUCGCAGCGAUGACAACGCCGAGAGUCUCAACAAACGGAUCAAUACAUACUUGACGGACACUUUGCCGAUCAUCGAGUAUUACGGCCACUCUUCUCUGGUCCGCAAAGUGAACGCAAACCUUCCUCCGGACCAAGUCUUUGAAAACGUGCGGCAAAUAUUUGACGCAUUGAAGUGA